AGCAAGUGGGUGCAGCUGCGGCGGCUGUUUCGCUCUGUGGUCACACAGGGGAAGGAGGAAGAUGCUUCUUCAACCCCCGUCUGCAAACUCACUUCCUCAGAGAGGGAGGGAGGGCAGAGAGAAAGAAGGAAGCCAUCUUGGGUCUUUUCUGACGUUUCUCUCCUCUUUUUGCCGUCUUCUCGCUCGUGCCUUCAGACGACCAAAGGCAGAGACUCUGGGUUGGGAGUGGAAGCUAGCGAGGAAGUGAACGCUGAAGAAACCUGCCGGUUAUUUGGCUUUUCUGAGUUUGGUUUCGCGUAUCACAGGAAGAAGAGAAGAGACGAGGCCUUCACAGCGGUUGGAAAGACUCGAACUGUGGAGGACUGACUUCCCUCAGAGGACCAGCGGGCUGAAGGGCCCGACAUAAAGAACCAGAGAUCCUUGGGGUUUGAUCGACGUUUCAGGUGGAUCCUGUGAGCCUCAGAUGUUGGUCUCCUGUCAGUAGACGGUGAAAGGUGUUGGCGGGACAGAAGCUGUGUGUCUGCGGGUGGAGGAGACGCGAGGAGGACGCAGGAUGAGUUCGACUCCCUACAGGUCGGACGUGUUGGCCUGGAGCCCUCAGCAGCUGGCGGACUACCUGAAGCGGAUGAACCUUCCUGGCUGCGAUAAAGUCGUGCUGAAGAACUCCAUCAGCGGCUCCAGAUUCGUGAAUCUGACGGAUAACGACAUCCAGAAAUUCCCGAAGCUUCACGCUCCGAUGAUCUCUAAGCUCAGCAAUGAAAUCUACAAGAAUGAGAAGAAAGGGGGUCUGUUCGGUAAAAGAUCCACACCCAAAUAUAAAGAACCAGAGACGACCACCGAUGGAGGAUGGGGCGAAGACGAGUUUGAUGACGAAGAGUUUGACGAUGAUGACUAUGAGAGUCCGUACAGCGAUGAAGACGACAGAGACUACGAGUCCCCGACCGAUGAGCAGGACCCGGGUAACGACUACGAGCCUCCGCCCUCUGAACCUGCAGAGGACCUGACUCACAAACUUUGCCCCUCUCAGCCCAUUGGGGAUGGGGAUUACAUCGACAGGAGGGAUAACAACAUGUCCACCAGAGGCCCCCCCGUCGUGUGUCCCCGCCCUCCGUCCUCCACGCUGUCUGCACCCACGGGCCGCAUGCAUGCAGAGUCACCGUCCAGAAGAGACCCGUCUCCCCACGGAGUUGGACGGCCACCAAGAAACUUUCCCUCAGGGCCGCCGAAGGUGUGUCGCGACAGCAAACCUGGGCGAGAUUCCCGGAGCAGCCGCUCGCCGGUCAGAGGACCUCAGUUCAACUCAGCAGACAGACCUGGUGCUCAGUCCUGGAGGCCGGACGCCUCUGACCCGCCCAGGUCCAAACCUCCAGCUCUGUCCGUCCCCUCCUCCUCCGUCAGCAGGAGCAACUCGUCAGCCAGAGGAGCGCCGCCCAGCAGGUUUGAUGGACAGAGAGAGCAAACACAAGAUGUUCAUAAACACAACACGUUCCCUCUACAAAAAAGUCUGCCGCCCCGGCCUGGGAUCCCUGGACCGGUUUCCCAGCACGCUGGCAGUUUGCCUCCCAACAUUCCUUCUUCAGGCUCUCUGCCUCAGAGACUCCAAUCCGCUGUGGCCGAACACAGGGGCAGCGUGGUGGCCUCCAGUUUUCCUUCUCCGGCAGCUCAGGGCAUCAGGGCUCUGGACCCUCAGUGGUACGUUGGUAAAGUGACCCGCGGCCAGGCUGAAGGAUGUCUGAAGCGAGUCUACAAGGACGGGGCGUACCUGGUGAGGGACAGCACCCGGCAGCAGCCCAACCAGCCCUUCACCCUCAUGGUCUUCUACCAGGACAAAGUCUACAACAUCCAGAUUAGGCAGCAGAACCAGCAGUUCCAGCUGGGAACUGGACUCAAAGCCCAGGAGUUUUUCCCAUCAGUCAGUGACAUCAUCAGCCAUUACUCCCAGUCCCCUCUGGUCCUUAUCGAUGCCAAGAACAAGACGUCCAGCCACCAGAACCAGUGUCUGCUGUCUGACCCGGCCGGAUACUUUAUGACGGGACAGAACUGGUCCUGACAGCCUGAAGCCGAUCACAGCUCCAAACUAACCCAGAGGGAGAAUUUAGAUGAAUGUUCACUUCAAACGUCAUGAGUGACGAGUAGAAAUGUUCCAUCUUUGCACAUGUUGCUUAGUUUUAUUUGUUCUCUUUCUUAAUAUUUUCCACGAUUUUAAACCUUAAAGAUUUCUGAGCUGAAAUAUCUGGUUUAUUCACGGCUAACGUUGGAUCUGUCGCAUAUGGAACCCACAAACUAACUAUAACUUUAAGGCAGAGUAUUUAUGUGUCUCAGCUCAAAGUUUCCUACCUUCAUUAGCUCUGCUUCUUUUUAUUUCACUGUCAAUGUGUCGGUUUGCCUUCAGCUGAUUUCAUUAAAACACCAAGAAACAAAAAAAA